GUAAACAACCUAAGCGGAUAAAGUAAAGCAUGCUGUAAAGUAAUACAUUCUACAACAGUCACAACAACAACAGCAACAGCAAUCAGCGCGCAAAUAAAAUCAACAAAAUUGAAAAAUAAAAAGGAACUUGGCCAUUCUUCGCAAUGGUUUUGCUGCGCGUUAUAAAAUAUCUUGUGGGUUGUGUAGUGCGUUUGUGCGAGGAACUAAACCAGAAUAUGCUGUCAUGGAAAAUGCUCAAAUACCGAGUGUUGCAAGAAAGCUGACUACUGAGCGCAUAAUAAUUCGCUUGCCAUUUAUUGCCGUGGAUGAAUUGCUGAAUAUAUUUGAAAUGAUGUAGCGGAGUUGGGAAAGUGUUGAAGUUCGUAACUUAAGUCUUUCAUUUUUGAGAGUGCAACUUGG